AUUCCUCUUAAUUCAGAUAACAUUAUUAAGUUUAGCGCAGCGCUAACAGUUAUAAUGAAAACGCAUUUUCUUUCUCCUCUUCUGGCGUUUUUUCUGUCAAUUUACGAAAUUCAAAACGUGAAUAUGUUGCCGACAAGUUUCAACACAAACACUAGUAUUAGAGCAAACAGCAGUGGAAUUCAUAACACAACACAGGUUAAAGAACUUGCUCCAGUAAAAAAAUGUAACGUCAGUUAUGUCAAAAUGGGAUGUUAUGCUGAUCCAAAUAUAGCAAACUCAUCAUUUCCUUCACUUAUUCUAAAACCAGUAUUACCCUUGCUCAAAGAGGGAAAGACGUGGUCUGUUCGUGGUGAAGAUUGGAACAAAUUUCUUCAAGAUUUUGUCUGUAGUUGUGCACAAAAAGUAAAAGAACUCAAAUAUAAUUAUUUUGGCGUGAAGAGUUUCGAUCAAUGCUGGUCUGGAGAUACAACGUUAUAUUACAGGAAUCCAAUAUCGAAUGGUUGUCUAGAACAGGACAUGAAAUCAUGCAGCCCAGAGAGUCUAUCUCCCUGCGCUGGAAACCGCACAUCAGUGUUUGUUUAUUCUUUGUAAUGUCACUGAAAUUAUAUAACAGACGGAAGCGUGAUACUAAUUAGUAUACAUAAGCUGGAGUCACUUACGAAUGGUAUACCUGAUCAGAUAUCUUUCAGUUGCAAGAGAUUUUUUUUAGACAUGUAAACUUCGGAAUUUGGCUUUCCAAUAAAACUUUCCCUACAAUAAAACCUUAGUAUUAAUGCAUCCAGACACUGAUAUACAUCCAAAAAAGCUACACAACAAAGCGACUAGUGGUAGAAACCAGUAGCAGAAAAAUAAUUAUCAAAGUGGUGGUGACAGAUGGCUCUGAUAAGGUGACAAGCGACCAAAACUAUCGUUCCAUUUCAAACGGCCAUUACAAGUUUAAGUAUAGAUCUCCGGAAAACAAGGGAAUAUAGUAUGAGGAUACCAGACAUGCAACUGCGAAAUAUCUCAUGAGAAACAUACCAAUCACAAUGCUGGAUCUCUCUGAUACCUUGAUACUUGUUAUUGAUGUAUCAGAUGAUAUAACAUGAUAUAACAAUUGGAAGGAUUCCACUAAUAACCAUCCGAAGUGACAUUGCACCCUUAAUCGCAGUGCCUAAUUAUUAAACUACGUCUAAUACCAGAUUUAGUUUAUUC